AUCACCCUGCUGUGCCGGUUUCCCCUGCGUCCUGGCCAUGAGCAGCCCCCAAGCUUACCCUGGCAUCAGGGUCUCGGGGUGCUGGACCCUUGGAGCAGAAAGCAGCAGCAACGCAGAGUCCUUGGACAGGCUUCUCCCACCUGUGGGCGCCGGGCGCUCGCCCCGGAAGCGCACCACCAGCCAGUGCAAGUCCGAGCCGCCCCUGCUGCGCACCAGCAAGCGCACCAUCUACACGGCAGGGCGGCCGCCCUGGUACAACGAGCACGGCACCCAGUCCAAGGAGGCCUUCGCCAUCGGCCUGGGAGGCGGCAGUGCUUCUGGGAAGACCACUGUGGCCAGGAUGAUCAUUGAGGCCCUGGACGUGCCCUGGGUGGUCUUGCUGUCCAUGGAUUCCUUCUACAAGGUGCUCACCAGGCAGCAGCAGGAGCAGGCCGCCCACAACAACUUCAACUUCGACCACCCAGAUGCCUUUGACUUCGACCUCAUCAUCUCCACCCUCAAGAAGCUGAAGCAGGGCAAGAGCGUCAAGGUGCCCGUCUACGACUUCACCACCCACAGCCGGAAGAAGGGCUGGAAGACGCUCUAUGGUGCAAACGUCAUCAUUUUCGAGGGCAUCAUGGCUUUUGCUGACAAGACACUGCUGGAGCUCCUGGACAUGAAAAUCUUCGUGGACACGGACUCUGACAUCCGCCUCGUGCGGCGGCUGCGCCGUGACAUUAGCGAGCGGGGCCGGGACAUCGAGGGUGUCAUCAAGCAGUACAACAAGUUUGUGAAGCCCGCCUUCGAUCAGUACAUCCAGCCCACCAUGCGCGUGGCGGACAUUGUGGUGCCCCGGGGGAGCGGGAACACAGUGGCCAUCGAUCUGAUCGUGCAGCACGUGCACAGCCAGCUGGAAGAGCGUGAGCUCAGUGUCAGGGCCGCGCUGGCCUCAGCGCACCAGUGCCACCCCCUGCCCCGGACGCUGAGUGUCCUCAAGAGCACGCCGCAGGUGCGGGGCAUGCACACCAUCAUCAGGGACCGGGAGACCAGCCGCGACGAGUUCAUUUUCUACUCGAAGAGGCUGAUGCGGCUGCUCAUCGAGCACGCGCUCUCCUUCCUGCCCUUCCAGGACUGCGUCGUGCAGACCCCGCAGGGCCAGGACUACUCCGGCAAGUGCUACGCGGGGAAGCAGAUCACAGGCGUGUCCAUCCUGCGGGCCGGUGAGACCAUGGAGCCUGCGCUGCGGGCCGUGUGCAAGGACGUGCGCAUCGGCACGAUCCUCAUCCAGACCAACCAGCUCACCGGGGAGCCCGAGCUCCACUACCUGCGGCUCCCCAAGGACAUCAGUGACGACCACGUGAUCCUGAUGGACUGCACAGUGUCCACUGGCGCGGCGGCCAUGAUGGCGGUGCGGGUGCUGCUGGACCACGACGUGCCCGAGGACAAGAUCUUCCUGCUGUCGCUGCUCAUGGCGGAGAUGGGCGUCCACUCGGUGGCCUAUGCCUUCCCGCGCGUGAGAAUCAUCACCACGGCGGUCGACAAGCGCGUCAACGACCUCUUCCGCAUCAUCCCCGGCAUAGGGAACUUCGGCGACCGCUACUUCGGGACCGACGCCGUCCCCGACGGCAGCGAUGAGGAGGAAGGGGGCCCCGCGGGGUAGCCGCCC